UAAAAACUGACACAUUGUCGCCGUUAAAAGUAACGGACCUAAUGUACACGUUAAAGCUAACGGCGACAGUUUGCUAAAAACUUGUUCGCAAUUAUUGUCAUAUUGUGUGCUUUCAAGGCUCUCUUCUCUCAAGCUCCAUCAUAGUCCCUAGCGUAACACAAACCUCGUCCUCAAGAAUCUCGAACAACCAGGAAAAAGAAGAAGAUGUGUCAGAUUCGAGUUUCAAAAGGGUCUUUCUCAGAAUUGAGAUCUGAGGUACCAUAAUUCGGUGGAAGAGUUGCAGAAAAGUGCUUAGAGAAUGGUGCUUUCAACUCUAGCUUGGUGAGUCAAUGGAGAUGAGUGGCUUUAGGCCUGAACUGCAUGUAGCACAGCAAAGCCGGCGUGAUAAGUUGAGAGUUCCGCAACAAAGUUCAACCCCAUCUCACCAUUUAGAAGAUUUUCCUGACAAUUUGGAACAAAUACCAGUCGUCCACUCGAGGCUAAACCCAGAUCUUGUUCAAGUUCGGAAUGUUGACAAUGCCAAUUUGCUUUAUGACCCAGCUGUAUACUCCUCAGAUAUGAUCCAUUUUUCUUCGAAGUCAAAUGUUCGCCAAGAGAUAGAUGCAACUGACCCAUUUGCCAAUUCAUCUCACGCUCACCCAAUCUCCUCCAAUUUCAAUUCUUUACCUAAAGCCCCCGGUGAACCACGUAAUUGGAAAAGCCAUGGUGGUUCACAGCAAGGCUGUGAUUGGGCGGUGAAUUAUGCUAGCGGUUCGGUGGGUAGUGAAAGCAAUGUUGUUCCAAGCCCGGUGUUUUUCGGGGAAGUAAAUAACAUUUCUGGAUAUCCACACUAUUCGAAACCUAGUCAUUUCAAUGAGUUUCAAGAUGUCAGGUCGUCUUUCAAAAAUCCGUCCAGUACCCAAGAUAGACAAAAGCAUUUCACAUCUUCUUCUCCACUUUACCAAAAUAGUCUCCAAGAUGUUGUCACUUCAGCUUCUAACAGAACCCAGGGGUUAGAAAUGGUGUCACUUGUGCAGCACAAUUUGAGAGGAACUGGCCGUGCAUGGCCAGAGGGUGGGAACGAACUUGCUCUACUUCCAGCCUAUGGAAAUCAGUCAGACGUGUUGUGUUUUGAAAACGCUGGUGCUUGGCCAAAUAGACCAGUUGAGAAUUGGAGUGGUGGUGAAUUGGGUUUUGCUGCAAGAAAGAGUAGUGAUGAAGAAUUGAGAAAUGUUGUGAAUACUGAUUCCAAUCCUCAGGGUUUAUCACUCUCACUUUCAUCAAACCCAACUUCAAAACUGCCUCAGUUUGGAGAGGGAUCAUGUGGGUCAGGACCAAAGCCAUCUAUAAUUAGUAAAGGUAGUGGGAAAUCUCUUCAAGACAUAGUGGGGGUUUCUACUACUAACACUUAUAGAAACACUGGUCCUCUUGGCCCUUUCACUGGAUAUGCAACCAUUUUAAAGAGUUCAAAGUUCUUGAGGCCUGCACAGCUGUUAUUGGAUGAAUUUUGUGGUAUAAAGAGUGGUUUAAAACUCUUGAAACCAUGUGAGGUGUCUGAGAGGAUGUCUAGCGAGGUUAGCACUUCAGGUGAUGCUAUGAAUGCUACUGAAACUGAGGUUGGUGCAAUGGGUAAUAAUUCAGGUGGAUCUUCCUCCACAUUUUAUAGUUCAAAUGAAAUUAGUGGUGAUGGUGGAGUUGGGAGUAGCUCUUGUGAAUCUUUUCGGCCUGACUACCAACAAAAGAAGGCAAAGCUUCUAUAUAUGCAGGAGGAGGUAUGCAGAAGGUACAAGCAAUAUCAUCAGCAAAUGCAGAUGGUAGUUUCAUCCUUUGAAACAGUAGCAGGUCUAAGUUCUGCCACUCCUUACAUAUCCUUGGCUCUGAAGUCAGUCUCUAGGCACUUUCGGUCUCUAAAGAAUGCUAUCUCAGACCAGCUUAAGCAUAUAAGAAGAACUCUGGGGGAGGAUUUGUCAUCACCGACAACUGGUACGAGCAGUAGUAAAGUUGAUACAAGUACGUCGAGGCUGAAGUACUUGGACCAGAGCUUGCAAAGGCACAAAUAUGGUGGGGGCAAUGUGGGGUUCCUUGAAACCCAACAUGUCUGGAGGCCCCAGAGAGGCCUACCAGAACGUUCGGUCGCUAUUCUUAGAGCCUGGCUAUUUGAACAUUUUCUUCACCCGUACCCCACGGACACAGACAAGCACAUGUUAGCCACUCAAACAGGUCUUUCUCGAAACCAGGUGUCGAACUGGUUCAUAAAUGCCCGUGUGCGUGUUUGGAAACCAAUGGUUGAAGAAAUACACAUGCUCGAAACUAAAGGUGUGGCAGAAGCCAACCAAAAUUCCAACAAGAAUGGUGGAAACUCAGCUGCUGAAGGUAGCCGUGACCAAUUCCCUAACAAUCUAAGCAUUAAUGCAAUGCACAAUAAGCAGAUGGAAUGCUUAGGUAUGGAGUCCUCACCGAGCACUGGACAUGGACUUGAUGCAGAGCAGUGGAAUCAAGAGAAGCGUUCGAGAAUGGAUUGUCAGAUUCCAACAAACAUGGAUGGGUCAUCAUUGAUGGGUUUUGUCCCAUACCAGCGAGGUGGCCUCGAGAUUGGGGGACUUGGAGUUGGAGCUGUUUCCCUUACAUUGGGUCUCAGGCAUGGUGCAGAAAAUGCACAGCAUCAGCACCAGCACCAGCACCAGCAACAGUUGCAGCAACAGGAGGAUCAGCUUAGGCAGCAAUUUGGAGGGCAGAUGAUUCAUGAUUUUGUGGGCUGAUUUAUAUAAUGCUUGUUGCCAGCAGCAUUGGAAGUGAAUAAAGGGAGAAGACACGGCUCCUUACUGCCACCAUGUUUCAUUAUGCAUUGGCCUCUCUGAAGUUGUGUAUAUUGACAAAUAGAUGAUUUCUUAAAGGAGUCAUCCAUUGUUAGUAGAUCCUGCAUAGGGGAUGCGUGAUGGUGAGAGACCAUUCAUCCUUGUAAUGUGGCUUGAAUCGCCUGAUAUCAUAUUUGUAAUCUUUUAAGAUGAUGCUAUAUAUUUUCCACCGUCCACUACUGACUUCUUAGGUGAGGCAACUUCCCUCACCCUAGGUGCAAUUAUGUAAUAUACUUGUAUGAAAAAAAAAAAAAACCUAAAUGAGAGAG